AAAAAUAGAUCAUGAUCAUGAAAGUUAGUGUAAGUCAUUUCGACACAAAAGUGACGUGCAAAUGACUUGUGUCAGUGUAAGAAUUGUUGAUUAAGCAAGAAAAUAUUUAUUAGUGUUAGAAAAAAAAAAUAUGGUGAAGUGAAUGCAGAAAGGAUUCAUUAAUGUUCCCCUAUAUAUCAAGAUGAAUACUUUGUGGGCGAUAUGACAGAAGGUUGUUCAUCAUUAAACUCCUAUUACGGGAAAAUUUCUAUUAAAAAUCCAUUACAAUGGGGUCUAGAUUAAGGGAAAAUGUGAAGCAUAUAUUCGAGUGCUUUUGUGAAAUAGCUGCACCUAUAGGAGAGAAACAAGCCUGGAUACUUCAAAAAUAUCCUGACACAUUUGUUGAUUUGGAAAUAUUGAAAUCCGUUCCAAAAUUUGCUUAUCCUUGUGAAGUAGAAAAUCAACAGGUACAGCAUUUUUCAUUCGUCCUGACUAGUAUAGAUUCAAAAUGGACUUUUGGAUUUUGCCGACAUGAUCCUAAAACAACAACUGCAUUGGUUAUUUUAAGUGCUUUACCAUGGCACGAAACAUUCUACAAAUUUUUAAAUCAUAUUGCAACAUUAACAUCGAGUAAAAAUGCUGGUGAUUUAGUGAAAUUUUUAGAAGAUGUACAUAACACUGCAGUUCCAGUAUGUGGAAUUGCUGCCAGUAUUCCUCUUCCUGACACCAGUACUGUAUUCCUUUGCCAAAGUCCGAAACAAUUCCAGUUACCCAGUAUACCAGAGAAUAGAAAUUUAACAGAAUAUUUUAGCGCUGUGGACACUCAUAAUAUGAUGAUAAUAUUUGCCUCUAUGUUGUAUGAAAGACGCAUUGUUUUUACUUCAAAGCGACUGUCCAGGCUGAGUGCUUGUGUGCAAGCAUGCAAUGCCCUUAUUUAUCCAAUGAUCUGGCAACACAUUUACAUCCCUGUUUUACCACUUUCGCUUAUGGAUUAUUUACUGGCGCCUAUGCCAUUUCUUAUUGGAGUUCCAUCAUCAACACUUCAGAGGGUAAAUAAAAAUGAUAUGGGCGAAGUUGUUGUUUUGGACGCUGAUAGUAAUAAUGUUGACACUCCAUUUCACGAUUUAGAAUCUCUUCCACAAGAUGUGGUAACGAAUUUAAGAAAAGCGUUACGAAAUAGACCGGCUUUAUUGGGAGAUGGAGUUUCGCGAGCUUUUUUACGAGCAUUAGUGCAAUUGACUGCAGGUUAUAGAGAAGCUUUAUCUUUACAACAAGGAGUGAGAAUUACAUUUGAUCCUAAUAAAUUCGUUGAGUGUAGACCAUUAUCAAUGCAACCAUUUUUACGAAAAAUGCUGGAAUUACAAAUAUUUCAACAAUUUAUAGAAGAAAGACUGCAUAUGCUUAAUUCAGGACUAGGAUUUUCAGACGAAUUUGAAAUAGAAGCUUGCAAUUAUUCGGACAAAUCUGGUAGUAAAUUCAUGCAACAAUAUCGAGAAUGGACAUUUGCAAUGCGAAAAGAGGGCUCUGCAUUCAUUCGAAGCGUCAAGGAUAAAGCAAAUCCUGCUGUCAAGUACGCUGUGAAAUCAGUGAAAGACAAAGGAAAGGAUAUGAAAACGGCUUAUAAGGGUCUUAAAUGGAAAGGACGAUCAAGCAGAGCUGAAAAUAGUAUGCGCUUCCCUCAACCUAGAUCAGCUCCUAGUUCACCUACUUUAGAAAGAAGAGCAAUUUCUUUUAGUUCACCUUCAAAAUCGCCGAGUGGAUUUACAGCCACAACUAGUUAUCGCAAGGAGCUUAGAUUACGCAAUAGUAACAUUGAUGCAAGUAGAAAACAAUAUUCUCCAUUGAGUCCAAGUUCUCCUGAAGAACAAGAUUCUCCUCCAGAACGACUUAAUAUAGAUCUAAUGCACGAACUUCGAGAUGUGAUAUUUCCGAACACUCCACCUGUUGAUAGAACUUUGAAACCAGUUCGAAGUUUAGACAGCUUGAGACCUGCAUGGAGUGGGCGCUUGCGGCACGGCCCUUUACCAAUUUCCCAAAAUAAUUCCUUUGGAAUUCCUCCAAAACCAAAAUUCAAUCCUGAACCACCACAAGAACUUUUAUCGAGUCAGUUAUAUGAUUUGGAGAUGAAAAAAAAUACAGCUCCCAAUGUAAAAUUAAAAGAAAAUUCAAAUGAUUCUUUAAUAAAUUCUAAAUUAGAUGAUAAAACAUCUUUAAUUAAUAUUUCAUUGAAUGUGACAAAAAAUAAAGAAAUCACUAAUGAAAUUAUUAAUCCCUCAAAUCCAUUUGUUAAUAGUAAUAUUUUAAAAGCAAAAAUAAAUGGACAACAUAAUUUUGAAAUAAUUGAUGAUAAUGAUGAUAAUAAUGAAAAAAUUAAUGAUCAAUUAGUGGAGAAUUUAUUUGACGAUGAUUCGAUAAAAAAUAAUUUACAACAAGAUCCUUUUGAUACAAGUCGUGUACUGAUUCCGAUGAAUCCUGUAUUGCAUUCCAUGAACAAUCAAAAAUCCAUUAAUUCUCAUACAUCACAACCAUUGAACACUGAAUUCUGCUCGUCACACGCUAAGGAAGCGUCAGAGAGUCAGGAUUUAAUUAGAUUAGACUCAACUAAUAGCGAUGAUGAUUUUGAUCCUCUUCUUACAAAAUCACGAUUCAAUGCAACGAAUCAAAUGAGUCAAUCGUUGCACAUUCCUCAAAUGGGAGAAGGUCUCAGUAAUCCGUUAUAUCCAUAUUUUCAACCAGGAAAUCAAACAAAUGCAGAAAUAAAUCAACCUCAACAUCAUCCUGAGAAAAGUAAAGAUUUAGAUUUAUUACAGGAAUAUGGUUUAGAUUUUAACAAAUUCAGCCUAACUAAUGGCGCUUCUUCUUCAUCAUCUUCAUCUUCUAAAAUUCCAUCAACAUUUAGUCAAGAUUUUUCAGAAAAUAGUUUUAGUAUAAAUAAUUCAUUUGGAGCACCAUUUAGCGCUCAAACUGUUAAAUCGCAGAACAAUUGGACCAAAUUUGAGUAAAUUUGUUUACUUUGGCCAUUUCGAGCAAAUAGAAUUUGUCAACAUAUUUUCCGGCUUAAUGUCGGCUAAAAUUUGCAAAAUGUUGACAAUUAACUUUUUAUAAUUACUCGUUAUUGAAAUUGUUUUUUUUUUUUUUAAAUUAAAUAUAGUAGCAAAUUAAUAAUUUUAGUCACUAAAUAAUUAACUAAAAACAAAAAAAAUUAAUCAAAUUGAAAAUUAAAAUUAAUUUUGUUAUUUAACUUUUUAGAUCAUAUUAUAGUGAAAAAAUUAAUUUUUUAAUUUUCUUGUUUUAAAUUGAAAAUUUUAUUCUAUGAAAAACAAUCAAAAGUAUCUGGUCCAACUUUCUAUGAAUAUCAAAUUUCGAGAUUAUUUCCACUAUAUUCUUUAAAUGUAAUUUCAAAGACAGUCUGAAAAGUCAUUAGUAUUAUCAAUAAAUUAAGUCUUUUUUUUGCGUAUAGUGUAGGUUUUUAAAAAAAUAGUCGGCUCAAUAUAACAAAUAUUCGGCUGUACCAAAUGAAAGUUAUAAAUGUUUAAGUUUCUGUUUGAAAAAUAUUUAAUUGGAGAAUCUCUAAAUUGUACAGCUUUUUUGAAUUUAAAUUAGUGAUAAGUUUUAAUAUUGUUGAAAAUUGAGGAAAAAAAAACUUUCCAGUUCAAUAAAGCAAUAAAGGAAAGUUUUUCUAUUAGGAAAAAAAAUUACAAACAUCUUCUUAGAACUGAAAAUUCAAAAUAUAAAUUAAAUAGAAAAGCACUGAAAGAAAAAAAAAAUUGACAAGCAAGUGCCAAAAUUGAAGACUUAAAUUAAAAUUUUUUUUUAACAUGAAAAUUUCAAAAUUAAUGUAAUUUAAGUUUAUAAUCUCCAUAACAAUAGAAAAGAAAAAAAAAGAACCUGGAGUUUUAAAAAGAAGCUUAACUUAGAAUUGAGCACAAAAUCUUAUGCAUUAGGAAAUUAAAUUCUCCUGAUUGAUAACAUAUCAUAAUUAUAAUUGUAAAUAAAAAGUUUGUAUAACUUAAUAUUUAUGUAAAUAAUAAGAAUCUCUAGUUAUUAAGAAAUUGACAGGAAAAAAAAAAGUAUAUUAGUUAAUGUUUGUAUACUUCCUCUUGUUUCUCUUUUGAGUGAGGUUGAAAGAAAAAAAAGACCAAUUAUUAAUCUGGUUUUUUAAAGUUAAAUAAUUUUUCGAAAGGCUUUUAAUGAUGUGGCACUAAAAAAAAUCUACUCGCCUAUAGUAAUCUAUUUUUUAAUGCAAAUAUUAAAAUAUGCAGGACAAUAUUUUUUCGAAACUUGUGAUUGUUAUUUUUUGUUUGUUAUACUAUUUUCAAAACUGUUGUUAUUCUCAAAUCGUACAAAGAAUUUUUUGAGAUUCUUUUAGACAAUUUUUGCAAAAAUAGAUCAUUAUGUAGAAAAAAAUACUCAGUUGUCUUGUAUUGAAUCAAGCUUCCAAUCAACAUUUUUACAUAUUUUUUUGUUGAAUAAUGUCCAGGGACUGUGUAAUAUAAUAUUUAGGCAUCAUUAGUUGAAAGCGUGUAUAUAUAUAAAAAAAAAGCAAUAGUUAAAAGGCACAAAUAAAUUUUAAUAAAAUAA